AAGGCGCGGGGCGAGGAGUUCUGGCGCACGGCGCUGCGCGGCGCGCGCUACGUGGUGGCGCCCAUGGUGGACCAGAGCGAGCUGGCCUGGCGGCUGCUGAGCCGGCGCCACGGGGCCCAGCUCUGCUACACGCCCAUGCUGCACGCCCAGGUCUUCGUGCGGGACGCCAACUACCGCAAGGAGAACCUGUACUGCGACGUCUGCCCCGAGGACCGGCCGCUCAUCGUGCAGUUCUGUGCCAAUGACCCUGAAGUGUUUGUCCAGGCUGCAGUGCUGGCUCAGGAUUAUUGUGAUGCCAUAGACCUGAAUUUGGGUUGUCCUCAGAUGAUUGCAAAGAGAGGGCACUAUGGCGCAUUCCUGCAGGAGGAGUGGGAUCUUCUCCAGAGAAUGAUUUGGCUGGCUAACGAGAAGCUCUCUGUUCCCAUCACAUGCAAAAUCCGUGUUUUCCCAGACAUUGACAAGACGGUGAAGUACGCACAGAUGCUGGAGAAGGCUGGCUGCCAGCUGCUCACCGUCCAUGGCCGCACCAAGGAACAGAAGGGGCCCCUUGCUGGCGUGGCUUCCUGGGAACACAUCAAGGCUGUGAGGAAGGCUGUGAGCAUCCCUGUGUUUGCAAAUGGAAACAUCCAGUCCCUCCGGGAUGUGGAGGAGUGUCUGCAGAAGACAGGAGUGCAAGGCGUCAUGAGUGCCGAGGGUAACCUUCAUAACCCAGCUCUGUUCGAAGGACAAAACCCUCUGGUGUGGGAGAUGGCUGAGGAGUACCUGGAGAUAGUGCAGCAGUACCCCUGCCCACUGUCCUACGUCAGAGCCCAUCUCUUCAAGCUGUGGCAUCACCCGCUGCAAGUUUACCAGCAGCUGCGUGAUGAAUUGGCAAAAGCGAAGACUCUGGAGGGCAUCGCAGAUGUGAGCAGGGAGCUGAAGCUACGUUGCCAGGAAGAGAUCACCAAUCAGAAAGAAGGAGAAAAGCCAAGGGGGGGAUUGCCUUUCUUCCACUGGAUCUGCCAGCCUUACAUCAGGCCAGGGCCAAAGGAGAUGUGCAAGGAAAACGGAAGCAGUGGGACUGAAAAGAGCGUGCGAGGGAAGCGGUCCUUGGAGGACGAGGAGGAUGGACACUCCGAUCUGUCAAAGAACAAACAAAAGAAAAAGUUGAGAAAUCCAAGCAAGAGCUUUGAUCCAUCUCUGAAACCCAAAUAUGCAAAAUGUGACCAGUGUGGAAACCCCAAGGGGAACAAAUGUGUGUUUAACCUGUGCCGAGGGUGCUGCAAGAAGAGAGCCUUUAAGGAGACAGCAGAUUGUCCAGGUCAUGGAUUACUUUUUAGAACCAAAUAUGAAAAGUCCCUUGUGUGGAAAAGUGGCCAAACACAGCCACAGAGGCUCGAAAGGACAACUGCCGAUGUGGUGGAGUCUGCCGCACUCAAGGAGGUGAUCGACAGGGCAGUGUGAGACCUUGGAAACCGGAGUCUACUCGAUCUGUUUGCAGACCUGCCUCCCUGGGCCAAAGAACCCACCAUCCAGAGCAUGACCAGCUGCUGGACGAGCUCCACAGAUUUGUUCUUCAUUCUGGAUGCGCUGUAGUUAAUGGAGACGCUUACUCAGGGAAAUGUCCUGCCUUUGAAAUAAAAGGAUGCACGUAAAGUUCUCAUGAUGUGUUUGAGACUUCAACGGACUGAGCCAAAUGUGAUGGCCUGAAAAUGCUGCAGUUGGGGUUGCGGUUGGGGGAGGAGGGAAUGCGUGCUGAGGUCAUGACCUGCCUGUCAUACCUUUAUUAGCCCUCUUGUGACAUUUUAAAAUGGGGAAAUAAAUCUUUUUCAAUUA